AUGGAAUGUAAGUGGUUUAAAGCCCUAUUAUUGGUUGCUACAGCAACCGCACUAGUUUAUUCUCAACAACCCGCACCAAACGGGUUGUGUGAUGGUGUUACAAGUAAUUCCUUUGUGGCCGAUCCAGAGGAUUGUACCAAAUUUUAUCAGUGCAAUGGAGACACAGUCAUUCACGGCGCAUGCCCGAAUGGAAUGUUUUAUCAUUUCAAGGAUGUAUGUAGUAUAGAUUCAUCUGACUGUGAAAGUAUAGCACCUUCCGUUUCAACAACAACAUUCACUGAAACUGCAUUAACAACACAAGCUGCAACUUCCACCGAAUCAUCGCUCAUGCAUAACUCAACUGAUCCUGAAGCAUUUUGCCUAACUAUGGAUCCAAAUUUACCAAGUUUUGUGAAAAGUCCUACCAAUUGUUCAGAGUAUUACAUCUGUGUCGAUCAUAAACCAAUCCUGCAAAAGUGUGCUCAUGGAAGAUAUUGGAACCCUGUACUACUUUAUUGUGACGAUCCGGGAAUAGUUUCAUGUGAACAUGAUCGUAUAUUGGAUCCCGAUGAAGUAUGUCAGCACAGCCAAGUUGGUACUAUUUCUUUCACCGGCAGUCCCACCAGUUGCGAAGCGUACUACAUAUGUCUCAAACAGAAACCUUUCCUUAUGCGGUGUGCCCCUGGCAGUUAUUGGAACAGUGAAACAAAUCGAUGCGAUGUUGCAGAUAUUGUUAAAUGCAUGGUAAAAACUCCUACAAUAAACCACCUCGAUGAACUCUGUGUCAAAAGCAACGACACUUUUAUAAGUCAUCCUGCAUACUGCGAUUUGUACUUGUUUUGUCGGAAUGGUAAGGCGUUUACGCAACGGUGUCCAUUCCUUACCGAUUGGGACACAAUAAGUGCACGUUGUGUUUCACGAAUCCUGAUGAAAUGUACAAAAAAACGCCUACAUUAG